AUGUGCGGACGGGGAAUUAACCCCGCGGGACGAUUCGUGGGGAGCGAUGGGGAGUGUGUGGUGCAGGCAGGUUGGGAUGGAUGCUGCGUUCUCUGCGUUACGCCCUUCCUCCCCCUUUCCCCUCUCUGUCUUACACCCUUCUUCCACUAUCCCCCACUCUGCCUCACCCCCUUCUUCCACCUUUCCACCCUCUCUGCCUUAGGCCCUUCUUCUCCCUUUUCCCCUCUUCCUUCCACCCUUCUUCCCCCUCUCUUCCCUACACCAUUCUUCCUCCUCUCCCCUCUCUGCCUUGCUCCCUUCUUACCCCUUUCCCCUCUCUACCCCACACCCUUCUUCCCCCACCAUGCGUGGUCUCCCUUACGUCCUGCUAAACCCCUUUCCCCUCUCUUCCCUUCGCCCUGCUUAGGGCCUCUCUCUUCUAUGCCUUACGCCCUGCUUCCCCCUUUCCCCUAUCUUCAUUACACCCUUCUUCCCCAUUUAUACCCGCUCUGCCUUACAUUUUUUAUCUCCCUUUCCUUCUCUGGUAUUCACCCUGCUUCUCCCUUUCCCCGCUCUUCCCUACACCAUUCCUCCCCCACCAUGCGUUCACUGCCUUACACUCCUCUUACUCCUUUCCCCUCUCUUCCGUACACCCUUCUUCCCCCACCUUGCAUGCUCUGCCUUACGCCCUGCUUCCCCCUUUCCCCUCUCUGCCUUACGCCCAUUUUCCCCCUUUCCCUAGUCUCCCUUACCCCCUUCUUCCACGUUUCCACCCUCGGUGCCUUACGUCCUGCUUCCCCUUUUCCCCUCACUGCCUUACACCCUUCUACCCCUUUUCCCCAGUCUCCCUCACCCCCUUCUUCCGCCUUUCCACCCUCUCUGCCUUACACCCUUCUUCCCCCCUUUCUCCUCUUCCUUCCACCCUUCUUCCCCCUUUCCGCCCUCUGCGGCACGCCCUGCUCCCGCCUUUCCCCUUACUGCCCCUCUGCGCCUUCAUCCCAGGUGUGCGGCACUCCUCACCGCCUUCAUCCCAGGUGCGCCCUUCCCUCUGCUCCCAUAGCCUCACUUCUCCCUCCCUUCACUGCUCCCGUAGCCUCACUUCUCCCUCCCUUCACUGCUCCCAUAGCCUCACUUCUCCCUCCCUUCACUGCUCCCGUAGCCUCACUUCUCCCUCCCUUCACUGCUCCCAUAGCCUCACUUCUCCCUCCCUUCACUGCUCCCAUAGCCUCACUUCUCCCUCCCUUCACUGCUCCCAUAGCCUCACUUCUCCCUCCCUUCACUGCUCCCAUAGCCUCACUUCUCCCUCCCUUCACUGCUCCCAUAGCCUCACUUCUCCCUCCCUUCACUGCUCCCAUAGCCUCACUUCUCCCUCCCUUCACUGCUCCCAUAGCCUCACUUCUCCCUCACUUCACUGCUCCCAUAGCCUCACUUCUCCCUCCCUUCACUGCUCCCGUAGCCUCACUUCUCCCUCCCUUCACUGCUCCCAUAGCCUCACUUCUCCCUCCCUUCACUGCUCCCGUAGCCUCACUUCUCCCUCCCUUCACUGCUCCCGUAGCCUCACUUCUCCCUCCCUUCACUGCUCCCAUAGCCUCACUUCUCCCUCCCUUCACUGCUCCCAUAGCCUCACUGGGGCGGAUGCUAGGAAACGAGAGGGGAGACGAGUGGGGCGGAUGA